UUUUUUUAUGCUCCAACUACCGCGAAGGCCUAAGGCCUAAACACCCAUUUGAUACCGUGGUGCUAUAGGGGGAACAUGCACACAUUCUGGCUCCGCCUGCGAGAUCCGCCGGGUGGUACCUCCGCGUUCGACAGUCAGAGACCGUCUACCACCUACGGACAAUCACAACAUCCAUAGCCAAGAGAAAAAUUUCUCCUGGGAC